CUGUAGCGAAUGAUCACGAAUGAUUUCCAAGUCAGGCACUCCACCUGGCAUAGGAAAAUGCGACCCAAGCGCAGAAAGAUUGGGAUUUGUAGCCCAGAGAGGAAUCUCGAUCCUCCGAAGCUAGAAUUAACCCUAAUCAUAAUGGCUUCAAGCGGUGAGAUAGCGAGGCGCUAUGGAAGAUUUGAGGUGGAUGACGAUUUUCGUGAUGCUCGAGCAGCGCUAGGGCGGCUAUUCGUCCGGAAUGGCUCGCUCUCUUCUGUUACAACCAUCGCUACCGUGGUUAUGGUAGCACCAAGUCACGGUGUUGUGUCACUUGCUCCGCUCGAAGGCUACGACCUCCGUCGCUUGCAAUGGCUGGUUCACUAUCCCACUCAAAGGGAGAUAAGGGAGGCGAGUUUCAUCGACGUGGACCGUGCGUGCGAGGUAGCAAUGCUCGAGAUCGAGAAGAACUACACGGAGUUUCCUCUGGAGAUACCCUUUCUACGGAGUAGCGGGGAGCUCUUACGCCUGGGGUCUCGUGUCCAUUUCCUGGGCUAUGUUGAGGGGGUGGACAGGGAGUAUGAUGCAUGCAGAGGAGGAGGCUCGAAGAAGGCGGAGACUGAAAAGAUCCCGGCUUUCCAUGAUGUUCUCACGGUGGGAACUACACUCCCUGCAGGGUUUUGUGUAGCUUCUUAUUGUGGAGACAAUCGCGGAGGCGUCAUUUUCACCAUCGAUCCCCUCAUGAAGCCCACGCUUCAGCUGAUCGGGUUUCAUAUCAACAACAUUGGGAUGUUAUGUAAAUUCAUCCCCGAGCACCUUGCGUUCAAUGGAGGAGGAGGUGGUGGCAGCGGUGGAAGAGGAGGUGGUGGCGGCGGCGACCGCGGACGCGGUGGCCAUAGGGGAGGCAAAGGUAGAGCUGUGCCGCUGCCGCGAGCGCUGCCGCGCGGAGGUGGUGGCAGCGGUGGCAGCGGACGGGGUGGCCGUAGGGGUAGAGCUGUGCCGCUGCCGCAAGCGCUUCCGCGUGGAGGUGGUGGCAGCGGAGGUGGAGACCAAGGAAGCGGCAGUGGAGGCAACAAAGCCAAAGGCAAAGAAAAAGUGGUGUGAAAACUGUGCGAAGGGAAACCAUUGCGACUAUGCCAAGUCUUGUGAAAAGAGCCAAGGCCUAAUCCUAUAGCUAAAGUAUUC